GUUGGAGAAAAGGGAUGAGACGGAGCUGGAUGUAGAAUGACUUGACCGAGGUGAUUGAGAGUCAGUGAAGGUCAGUGAUGGUGGACGUCGUGCGCCUAAUGGGCCACCAAGCACCACAGGUGAGGACAGAGGUCGGGAAGCCGUUGUUUGGCCGGACGUUGGUCUCGGUCGAGGUGAGAGGGGUGGAAGUCGUGGCUGACCAUUCUCAUCGAAGGGGAAGUCGUCUGCACCAUAGUCUACAAUACUCUUCGCCGACCAAUUGUCCUCCACGGAAGUUUCGUCGCCAUAGAUCACAUAUGCCCGAUGCUUCCUCAACACCUCUUCUUUUCCGCCUUGGGAGACUUCUCCCUGUUUCUCCGAGAACCGACCCACAGCCCCAACGCUCUCAUCUCGCGAUCUUGGCAAUCGUUGGUGGAGCAAUACAGCGUCGCUGGUGGAGAGCUUCAGAGAUGGCGGUCUAUCCCGUGGGCGUCGCGCACCCAUGGGUGAUGGCGGGACCUCCACCUCCAACGCUGCGAGGGCUUCCGCAACUUCUUCCCGGGGAAGGUUGGCUGCGGACUCCAAUACCUCCUUCAUGUCUCGUUCCGAGAAGGAGGCACGCGGAAGUGUGCGUACAGGAGCGAGCGUGUUCUGCUGCUCCCUGAACAAAAGCGCUUCCACGAACUCGCUGAAGUCCAUGAGCUCCGCGGCGACGUCUGCGCAAUCGCUCGAAAACAUAUUGAGUGCCUCGACGAACCAGAACAGGGUGUCCUCAUCCAUCUCGGGAGGAAGCUUCUCAGGAUUUGCCAGCGAUAAUGUGUUUUCGAGUCCGGAGAACGCGUCCGCUGCUGCGGCUAGCUGAUCAACUACCUCCCAGAUACUGAGGACCUCCUGCUCUAGUGGCGAGUAUUCUGGGAAAUCUGCAGAGCUGAACACGGCUGUAUUGAUAUCGGGAAGGUCUCCGGUGUAUGCGGUGAUAUCCGUCAUUUCGUCUCCCACGUCCAUGGAGUCCUGCUCGAAGAUACGCCCGGGCC